UGUGCGUCAACUCCCCAGUCCCCCCUCCCCCUCCCCAUCAUCACUGUUCUACAGAGGAAGAAAGGGGGAGACGGGUAACCUACAGUGAACGUUGUAAGUGUAGUUUUUAUUUAUAUAGUAUAUUAAAAUACACAGACACAGCUUAAAUAUCUGCCGGCGUGGCUGCUAAUAACGUCCGACCUAGCCCCGGCUUUAGUUUAAAUAAAUAUGAGCGGCAGCGGGCGGCCCAGGACCAGCUCAUUCGCUGAGCCUCCCGGAGGUCCCGGAUCUGCUGCGGCCGGUGCCGGAUCAGGGGUAGCCGGCGGAAGCUCGACAGGAAAGUCCGGGGGUUCGCAAGCCAGUGGAGGCAGCUCGACGGGCUUUGGGAAUUUGAAGCUACCUAGAGACAGUGGCAAAGUGACGACGGUGGUAGCCACACCCGGUCAGGGCCCUGAUCGCCCACAGGAAGUGUCCUACACAGACAUAAAGGUUAUAGGAAAUGGCUCGUUUGGAGUGGUCUACCAGGCUCGCCUCAUCGACACCCAGGAGAUGGUGGCAAUUAAGAAAGUUCUCCAAGACAAGAGAUUUAAGAAUAGGGAGCUGCAAAUUAUGAGAAAAUUGGACCACUGCAACAUUGUCAGGCUACGUUACUUCUUCUACUCCAGUGGAGAGAAGAAAGAUGAGGUGUAUUUGAAUCUGGUGCUGGAUUACGUCCCCGAGACGGUGUACAGGGUGGCUCGGCACUUCAAUAAGGCCAAGACCACCAUACCCAUCAUCUAUGUUAAGGUGUACAUGUACCAGCUGUUCCGCAGUCUGGCCUAUAUCCAUUCCCAGGGCGUGUGUCACAGAGACAUAAAGCCUCAGAACCUCCUGGUGGACCCAGAGUCGGCCAUCCUCAAACUCUGUGACUUUGGCAGUGCAAAGCAACUAGUUCGAGGGGAGCCGAAUGUUUCCUAUAUUUGCUCGCGGUACUAUCGUGCCCCAGAGCUCAUAUUUGGUGCCACCGACUACACGUCCAAUAUUGACAUCUGGUCAGCCGGCUGUGUGUUGGCCGAGCUGCUGCUGGGUCAGCCCAUCUUCCCCGGAGACAGCGGUGUGGACCAGCUAGUAGAGAUCAUCAAGGUUUUGGGGACACCAACAAGGGAGCAGAUCCGGGAGAUGAACCCUAACUACACAGAGUUUAAGUUCCCACAGAUCAAAGCACACCCCUGGACAAAGGUGUUUAAGCCUCGUACCCCACCAGAGGCCAUUUCCCUCUGCUCUCGACUGCUGGAAUACACGCCGGUGACCCGGCUGUCUCCACUGGAGGCAUGUGCGCACCCCUUCUUCGAUGAGCUGCGCCAGCCGAACACCCGCCUCCCCAGCGGGCGAGAACUUCCGCCCCUAUUCAACUUCAGUCCCGUUGAGCUGUCUAUCCAGCCCCAGUUGAACUCCACACUCAUUCCUCCUCACGCUCGUGCACAGACAUCGCCUGCAUCACACGAGGGCAAUGUGUCAGACAGUACCCCCCAGCCCAGCUCAGCACCUGGCUCCAUCAACAACAGCACCUGAGCAUUCAUCCCUCUGUCAUAUUUUCUGUUUUGUCUUCCCCAUGUUCUUUUUACUUUCCUCUGCUCCUCUCCCUCUCAACCUUCCUCCUGGCUCCAAACCCUUAAAAUACAAGGAAAAAAACUAGAUACACCCACGUAAACACUCAGCACUGCUAUUUCCCCUGAAUAUUUAACCAUUUUCAAUAAAAUGCAGCGCCUGUAGCUGUGGGUUGAGGACAUUUAGGUAGUUGUGCUUGGGCCUAUUUAUAGGAUGCAGGCCCAAGUCCAGGUUGGCUGCUGUCUGACCUCUUAGAAUAAGAACUUUCUCAUCAGUCGGGUAGGAUGUUUAGGAGAUGAGGAGGGGGCUUGUAUAUAUUAUGUGGAUUAUCUGUAAUAUAAUCAACAGUUGGCUUUUAUCCCUUUUUUUCUUUUUUAGUUCAUUUUAUUUGAAUUUUAUGUGUGGCCACAAUGCCAUUGAUUGGGAUCCUGAUUGGCUAGUUAGUGCAUAAGGCCCGACUGGUAGACAAUCAUCCUUUGUGGCGUCAAAAAUGCCACACUUGUACUGUACAGCUAACUCUGUGGACUGUCUGUCGCUUUCCACUUAAGUUGUCAGUUCACAAAGCCCACUGGUGAACAGAUUCACCAGAGGAAUGAUUUGAAACACAAAAAAAAAUCUCCCAGCGAAUACAGUGUUGGCUCAAGAUUGUCCGUGUCAUUUUAGAUAAGAGGUGGUUUUAGAUUUUUAUUACAGAGAAGAGCUCCCCAGCCCGUGUUUACCGUUUGUUUUCGAGUAUUAGCUCCAGCACUGCCUUUUGCUUGAACGAGAGGGAGUUUUGUGCGAGCAGAGCGCACAUCUUCAGUUUCUUCUGUAUAAGCUCAUGUCGUCAUUUAAGCUGGAAACCAAGAGUUUCAAGUUAAUUCUCAAGUGAGUAUUGCACAUCUCCAAAAGGGAGUAGAGGGAAGCAAAUGUUGGUGGGGGGCUCCGGCUACAUCUCAGAGUAGCCUCGGUGCCUCGCCGUGUUUUGAAUUAUGUUGCUGUUCAUAUCAGCCCGAUUAUGUUGAAGAACGCUGUUUUCGCCGCUCACACCGUCACUGGCGCCGCUUAUUGUUUGUGCUGGAGGAUGACUGUGAAUUCAUUUUAUGUGUGUCGCCAGAGUGUUGAAACCAUCUUCGCCCCUUCCCAAAGCAAGUCCACCUGCGAUGCUCAUAUCAUGUUCUCCGCGCCCUGCGAUGAUGGUCAGGAAUGAUCCACGCAGUUGGCAGUCCUCUGUGGGCGUGGCCAGUUUCCUCUCUUCCAACACGCAUGUUCAGCCCAUGUCGACCACGCUGUCUUACUUCCACUAAUAUCAGUAAUAAUCUGACCAGAAAUUAUGCUCGAACCCCUGAAAUCCAACAGCUUUUGGAGCCUCCCCCCUUCCAUCCCUCCUCGUCGUCAUCCCUCUGCCUUCAGCUUCCCCCUUUUCUUCUUCUUUUUUUCCCCGGCCCACUGCUAAACUUGUAAAUAUCAAGUACCUUUUAUUUUAUUUUGUUAUUUUUUUUUUUUUUUGUUAUUAUUGUUAUUAUAUUGUUGUUCCUGUAAUUUUUUUUUCUCCUCUAGUAGACCGGCGCAGCAGCGUCCGGGUGAUUAUCCUCAGUCGCAGUCUGUAAAUACGAUUUCAUUUCAGUCCCUGGUUCACGAGGGGAAAACAGAACAAAACGUUUCAUUUUUAUUCUCUCUCCCUCCACUUCUCUCUUCAGAACGGCCCCUUUUCCCCCAUAAAUGUUGUCAUAACUGUUUUAUUUAUUGUGUUGUGGGGGGUUUUUGGUUUUUUUGAUGGGUGGGUAAAAUUGAGGGAUUCAUUUUUUUUUGUUUUGUUUUGUUUGCUUUUUUUAAUUCCACAUUUUAGUCUAGCAAUUUCACAUGCAAAAUAAUUUCACAUCCAAGAUACUGUACUCGGAUCCAGAUGUUGGAGCGCGCUGUCCAAUCCGUGGUCUCGUAUGAAUGCAGGUGCACUUGCUCGCCAACAGGUGGAACUCCAGUUUUCCAUUAAACUUCAAUGUGAAGGGAAUGUUACAAGCCUCUGGAUCUGUGGGGUCGUGGUGUUGGGAGGGAGCACGGGUCACUGUGUAUGCAUGUAUGUGUGUGUGCGUGAGUGUGUAUGUGUGUGUGAGUCUGGAGGAAAGGGGGGAAAUUAAUUUGUCCAUUGGCAUUUAUCAUCUCCUUUGUCUGACUCACCUGUUUUUUCAUUUCUCUGUGCGUCGUGUGACUGUAACGGGCUCGGCCUGUUAGUACGCUGUGCAUGCUUCACAGAUGGUUGGUUUCUCAAGCACAGCAGCAGGGAAUGUAUGUGUGUUUGUAUGCGUGCUGGCAGACCGUGGACAUUAUUACCUGUAUUUUUCCUAAAUGAAAAACUGGCUAAAUGUGCUGUUUUAAUAUCUGUUUUUCCCCGUUCGGAUCUGUCACACUCUGUUGUGACCCUGCUCUUUAAACCACCCCUUGUCCAAGGGUGGAAUAUACUAGAUGGGAACAGAACAGUUGGAUAAAGGAGAUGAUGAUGAUAAUGAGAGAGGGAUGGGGGGAGAGAGACAGUUUUUGUUUGUUGGUAUAAAUAAUUAAACUCAUUAAUAAAGUGAUGAAACUGUA